AUGCAAAACCCUGAGGAGAUAUUCACACGACCGAAUUGCGAGCUCCAAAUCGAUCUAACCAACGAGCUCAUCCUCGAAGGCCACGUCCAAUGCGCCGCAUUCGAGAUGCCCAUCCGCCCAGAAGAAGACACCAUCUACUUCGGACAACAGCUCUUCGCUCUAGCCCCGACCCGCCUCACAAAAGAUACCCUCGGCUUCUACCACUGCCACCCACGCUUCCGUCCCCAUCCCUCCCGCUGCGUCUCAAUCCGCGACACAGAAGACCAACACUUCGCCGUCAUAGACACAACCAACAACCGCAACAUCGUCCUCGAAGAAGUCGAAGCCUCCCGCGCCUUCUUCACAAUCUACGAAGGCGGCAUCUUCCUCCACCAAGGCACAACCUACCUAGUCAAAGAACUAAACACCGAGUCCCACCUCGCCCGCGUCGUCCGCGUCCAAGUCGACUGGAGCACCAUGCAACGCGACUUCACCGACAUCGACCCAAUAGAAACCGAAGCCAUGCGAACAGUCAGCCACGACCCCUCCGCCUCCCGCGCCUUCUUCGGCACAAUCCAAAUCCACGCCGUAGUCUACGGCUUCUUCAAAAUCGACAAACGCGGCCGCGUUCUUGACGCCGUCGCCGUCGAAAACCCCCCAUCGACCGCCUAA